CAGAAGUCAGUUCUCCACGGCGCUCGCUGCAAGCAGAGUUCUACUGCAGGACGACAUAUACUGCUUUAAAAGAGGCGAAGCAUCAUCCGUCGCUUUCCUUCGCACGUCCGAGGCUUUCCCCAGUGUGAAUCUCGGCCCAUUUAUUGCUUUCGUCUUUUAUCUUCCUAAUCAGGGCGACAAUGGCUGCUUCCCUGCUGAACCCGGCGGUGCUUCAGGAUCUGGCGCUGAGCUGGCUGCGCGAGGACCAGCCCAGCCUGGACGUGGGCCUCUACGUGGUUGGCGAGGCCGACUGCACCGCCUACCUGUGGUGCAAGAGCCCCGGAGUGCUGGCCGGCGUGCCGUUCGCCAACGCUGUCCUCGCGCAGCUGGACUGUGACAUCAAGUGGCUGCGCAACGAAGGCGAGUGGCUGCACCCCGUCGCCAAGGUGGCUGAGGUGACGGGCCAGGCGCGGCGCGUGCUGCUUGCCGAGCGCGUGGUGCUCAACUGCCUGGCGCGCGCCAGCGGUGUGGCGUCUUCAGCUCGACGAAUGCGCGAGGUGCUCAAUGGAAUCCACUGGGACGGCGUUCUCGCUGGCACGCGCAAGACAACGCCCGGCUUCCGCCUCGUGGAGAAGUACGCUCUGCUCGUCGGCGGAGCGGACACGCACCGCUACGACGUCGCGUCCAUGAUCAUGCUCAAGGACAACCACCUCACCGCCGUGGGGUCCAUCGAGAAGGCUGUCCGCAUCGCCAAGAAGAUGGGCGGCUUCACCCGGAAGGUCGAAGUCGAGUGCCGCUCCGUCGAGGAAGCCCAGCAAGCCGCGAGGGCCGGGGGUGACAUCAUCAUGCUCGACAACUUCGAGGCCAAGGACUUGUCCCCGGCGGCACAGAAGCUGAAGACCGAGUUUCCGGGCGUGCUGGUCGAGGCCUCGGGAGGCAUCACUGCCGAGAACGUGACCCAGUACGCCGUGCCAGGCAUCGACAUCAUUUCCUCGAGCCUUCUCAUACAGGGCUACCCCGCGGUCGACUUCUCGCUUAAGGUCCAGCCACCUAAGAAGCCCGAAUGCUGAACACGCCACUGGACCGGAUGGAAAGGGAUGGUGGCGUUACGCGCACCUCAUCGCCUCUUGCGAUACUCCUAUAGUGUUGCGCAACCAAAACGAGCACACGUGAAGGCAACAUGAACCCGUAGACACGGCACAUUCUUCCACAGUGCGCUCUUCUCGUGACCUCGUUUUGUUUUCGCUACACGCUAUAUCCCAACGUGACAUGCCAGCACACCCACACUGCAACCUCAGCGGUCAUUUCUAUUCAUUCAGAAAAUGCGAGUAUACAAUGAAGAGCGCUUUCCGCUAUCAAUUUUCUCACGCGACUGCAGUAAAUAAAGUAUUCAAUAUUAUUUUUUCUGAAAUAA